AUGGAUGAGGACAAGCAGCGGGCGCCGAGCCUGUUUGCGGACGGACACCUGGUCCUGUGGACGCUGUGCUCGGUGCUGCUGCCCGUCUUCAUCACCUUCUGGUGUAGCCUGCAGCGGUCACGCCGGCAGCUGCACCGCAGGGACAUCUUCCGCAAGAGCAAGCACGGGUGGCGGGACACCGACCUGUUCAGCCAGCCCACCUACUGCUGUGUGUGCGCGCAGCACAUCCUGCAGGGCGCCUUCUGCGACUGCUGCGGGCUGCGCGUGGACGAGGGCUGCCUCAAGAAGGCCGACAAGCGCUUCCAGUGCAAGGAGAUCAUGCUCAAGAACGACAGCAAGGCCCCCGACGCCAUGCCCCACCACUGGAUCCGGGGCAACGUCCCUCUGUGCAGUUACUGUGUGGUGUGCAAGCAGCAGUGCGGCAGUCAGCCCAAACUCUGCGAUUACAGGUGUAUUUGGUGUCAGAAAACAGUACAUGAUGAAUGCAUGAAAAAUAGCUUAAAGAAUGAAAAGUGUGAUUUUGGAGAAUUCCGAAACAUCAUCAUCCCACCAAGUUAUUUAACCUCCAUCAAUCAAAUGCGUAAAGACAAAAAAACAGAUUAUGAAAUGCUAGCCUCCAAGUUUGGGAAGCAGUGGACUCCGUUGAUAGUCUUGGCCAACUCCCGUAGUGGAACUAACAUGGGAGAAGGACUGUUGGGAGAAUUUAGGAUCCUAUUAAAUCCAGUCCAGGUUUUUGAUGUGACAAAAACUCCUCCUGCCAAAGCCCUCCAGCUAUGUACUCUUCUCCCCCAUUACUCAGCCCGAGUGCUUGUUUGUGGUGGAGAUGGGACUGUGGGCUGGGUCCUGGAUGCCGUGGAUGAAAUGAAGAUUAAGGGACAAGAAAAAUACAUCCCACAAGUAGCAGUCUUGCCUCUGGGAACAGGCAACGAUCUGUCUAAUACACUGGGCUGGGGUACGGGUUAUGCUGGAGAAAUCCCAGUUGCACAAGUCUUAAGAAAUGUAAUGGAAGCAGAUGGAAUUAAAUUAGAUCGAUGGAAAGUUCAGGUAACCAACAAAGGAUACUACAAUUUACGAAAAGCCAAGGAGUUCACAAUGAACAACUAUUUUUCUAUUGGACCUGAUGCUCUCAUGGCUCUCAAUUUUCAUGCCCAUCGUGAGAAGGCACCUUCACUGUUUUCUAGCAGAAUUCUUAAUAAGGCUGUUUACCUGUUCUAUGGAACUAAAGAUUGUUUGGUGCAAGAAUGUAAAGAUCUGAAUAAAAAGGUUGAGGUAAGCUAUUAA